GUCUAUAGCAGCCGGAACGGAACUGGAAGAGACCGCCCAGCUGUCGGCAACAUGACGACAAUCGAGCCGCCGCGGAAGCUGCAUGGCGAGCCGGUCAAGCUGUUGCGCAGACCGCGGCUGAAAACCUACAUUGCCUGUGAAGCUUGCCGACUGAGGAAAUCCAAAUGCGAUGGCCAGUCCCCAGCCUGUUCAAAAUGUACUUCGCGGGGUAUUCCUUGCGUCUACAACCAGCAGGCCAGGCGUUCUAGUCGCAAGAAAUUCGAACCGGGUCCCCCAAGCCCUGCAGCAAGUGUCUCCUUCCAAGCUCCCACGUCGACCACAGCUCUACCCGUCGUCCUGCUCGUGACCCCCGAGACGUCUGCAGCUACAACGCCCGUCAGUCAUGAGCUGGACUACGAAUCCGAUCCAAAUCGUGCAUACUGCACCAGCCAUGGCCGCUUUGCUGGCGAGGUCGUGGCUGCCAUCGACGCGAGAGCGGGGAGAACACCAAGCAGCAUCUCGCACCCUGUACCCUUCGUGGAUGCCGAUUUAUUUGGACCACUAGAUCUGGAACCCGCCCGCCUUUUAUCCGACUCCGCUGCCCGGGCACUACCUUCGCGCAUGGACGCUGAAGAGCUGGCCGACAUAUACUUCAACUAUGUACAUCCCUUGGAGUGCGUCCUCGACCAAGCCCGAUUCUUCAGGGACAUCGAAGCAGCGUACUGUGGUCCUCAGUCACUUUCUGACACGGAACGUGAUAUCCGACUCAGCAUCAUGAACCUUGUUUUCGCUCUCGCCGUACAACGGCAAGAGUCGAUCCCGCAGGUCACACGGCACGAUCAAGGCAGCUUGUAUUUCAGGCGAGCCUGGGUGCUCCUCAAACCCGAGAUUGUCCUGUGGCAGUCAUCUGGAUCCAUUGAGCUGAUUCAGUGUCUGGCCCUCAUGCACCGCUACCUGCACUGCACGAGCCAACAGCACAGAGCCUGGAUGGCUUCCGGCCUAGCGUGCAGAAUCGCCCAGGGUCUGAACUGGCCUUCUCUUGGAUCUCCUGACACCGAGCGCGCUGGUGAUCUGGAGUUACAGCGGCAAGUAUGGGCAACUUGCGUUUCCUUGGACCGGUGCGUUGCGUGGGCCCAGGGAAAAACCAUCGCGCACUUUUCAGCUCCCUUGUCCAACGCAAGCAAGCUGAAGCGCUUCCCGGCAAGCAACCUCCCUCAAGCUGAUGCUGCACGUGCCGCACAUCUGCGCAGGGGCUCUGAGCUAUUCGAGAUUGGCAACCAGAUACAACUAGCGCAAAUGCAGAUCCGGAGCCGUGGCGCAUCUGAUCUGGGACUGCCGCGCCUAUAUCAGCAGGACGAGUACCACGUCGUGGCGGUACAGUUUGACGCAUGCCUUGACAAGUGGGAGUCCGCCCUCCCCGACGAGUACAAGGUGCACUCUCUCCGGGCACAAGAACCGGCAAGGUCUCGCCUCGAGCGAUACAUGCUCCACUUCCGCCUUUUCCACACUCGCAUCUUCAUGUACAGGCCCAUCCUCGCGUGCCUGUGCUCAAGGCGGUCUCAGAAGGCGGCGACCCUACCGGGCGGCAAAUCCUCCAGCCUCAGCGACCGCCUGUUUGAGGACUGCGCGGGCUUGUGUGUCGAGGCGGCACAGGGACUUGCCGCGCUGCUCAUCGAGACCCUCGAGCCGGGUGAGUCCCUCGGCCUGAUGCCCUGGUGGUACCGGCUCUACUACCUGCACAUUGCGGGGAUGACGUUCCUGGCCGCCAUGUCUGUGCCGAGGCUCUACACGGACUCGGUGGCGCAUUCAUGGCGCAGCCUCAUCUCGGCGCUGCACGACCACGAGCACCUGAGCGCGUAUGUGCCGCAGUGUAUAGACACUUUCGAGACGCUGGCGGCGAGGAUCCUGGAGCCGUAUGGCUCGACUGCUCCGGAUGACGCGAGUGUGCCUUUCAGCAAUGGCGACUUUGGCUUCGUAUUUGACGACAACUUCUGGGGUGCCGGGCUUGAUUUUGAUGGGUACAGCUUUGCCGCUGACGAUAAUAUGGGUAAUCGAUAAUUCUGCUACUCAAACUUCUUGCGGGUAGCAUGAGACUUUGUAUUAUGAGUAAUGCGAUAUUAUGAUACCUAUUUUAGACAGUCAAGCGGCUUUAUUGUAACCAGAUUACCCUCUUCAAACGAUUGUAACUACAAUUAUGCUAUUCUCAGAGCCACAGAAGAUUAUAAAUUGGUACGAAUUGCUCCGCAGAGGCG